AUGUCUAAAUAUACACAUACUCCGAAAUCCUCCUUGGGAGGCUUAUCAGAAGAAGAAGACAUAUUCUUCGAGGCAGAGUCAGAAACGCCCCCUCUCCCAGCACUACCAGUUCUGUCGUCUUCGAUAACACAGCCAAUUAACCGCUCUCCUUCCACCUCAGACUUGGCUCGAAAAAGGUCACCGCAACCUCGCAAACAUGUCCACAGCACGUCGAUUGACUCAUCGGGAAGUUCCAAGUUCGAAUCUAUCUACAUGACUCCAAGAGAGUCAGCUGCCAACCUACCAUUUUAUCCAACAAAGAAUGCAUUGUUGCAAGGCAAUCAGAGCGAGCUUGCACUUUCAACCCCUAACGAAUCAACAUACAAUUUUACCACCUCGGACGUAUUGUCCCAAAAACGAAUCCCUUUUAGCACAACUUUAAUUGGUGAAAUCUCCAAAUCCCCAACCCCUCCCAUGCCUUCCCUCAAUUCUAUUUCAACAAAACGAAUCCUCUCUUCCGGUCGUGACUUUACAUCGCUAAAAGCUGCAGAAGAAGAACUCAAAUCCAUAACCGUUGGUUUUAAGCAAGAGGACUGGCUAACGUCAUCACUAGACUCUGAAGACAAACCCGAUCACCGCACCACCGUGUCUCCUCAUCCGGAAGAUGCAAACAAGUCAUCAACUGACCCAUUUCCGCCUACACUUCAGCCUGAUUCGGCUCUCUUUCCAUUGAUUACUACGCCAAGCGGCGGCGGUGAAACCGAAAUAAAACCAAUAUCUUCGGGAAAGUCAUCGAGAAGGGUGUCCAAAGAUGAUGCACGUUCGCAUGGAUAUGGCAGCUCGAAAGUGAGCUCGAAAGUGAGUUCGAGAGUGAGUUCGCGAAGGCCGUCGGGCAAGUCGACUGAAGGCAGCUAUAUAAUCGUUCAAGUAUCGACAAGGGUCAAGGUGUUAAUGUUGAUUGGGUUGUCAAUCGUAUUCUUUUUCGCUACGCUAGAUCUAAACCUAAUAGGGACAAUGAUACCAACUAUAGUAACCGAAUUUACAGCGGGAAGAUACAUAGCAUUGUUAAUUACGGCAUACAAUCUUCCAAGUACUAUUCUUCAACCACUUUGCGCCCCAAUUUAUAUAAUGUUCGGCAAGAAGCUAACUUACCUCGUAUCCAUAAUUUUAUUUUCCCUCGGCUCGUUUGUCUCCGGCUCAGCAAGAUCAAUAAUCUGGUUAAUCUUCGCCCGAGUUUUGGCAGGCUUCGGUGGUGGUAUGAUAAUCCCAUUAACAUAUGUAAUCAUUCACGACGCACUUCCUACUCAACAACAUAAGAUGUUUAACGGGGUAAUCAACGGAGUGUUUGCAGUAGGAGUAGUACUGGGUCCAAUAAUUGGUGGCGUGCUGGCGGAAAAACUUUCUUGGAGAUGGGCAUUUUAUUCAACGGGCGCUUUUUCGCUUGUGGGAAUGUGUUUGUUGGCUUUUUCGAUAAAAGUUCCUCCUGUAGAGGGAAAUGUAUUGAAAAAGUUGAGAAAAUUAGAUUGGAUCGGGAUUUUCUUUUUGAUAUCCACGAUGACUUUGUUUUGUGUUGGACUGUCAUUGGGAGGAGAGACAUUUAGCAUAAAUGUGAUUGCACUCCUGUCUGCGGCGCUUGUAACCGCAAUAUGCUUCUGUGUCGUCGAAGCCAAGUUUUCACGAAAUCCUUUGCUUAGUAUUUCGCUUCUGAGAGAUUAUCCAUUGAGAGCCGUGUUCGGGUCGUUCUUCUUCUUGGGUUGGAUACAAGUAGUGUUUAUGUAUUAUUCACCCGUAUUCUUACAGUUUGUCGUGAGGAAAAGUGUAAUACAAUCUGCCAUCGCACUGUUACCGUUUGUUGGCGGCGUUGUUCUAGCAUGGAUGUUAUCUGGAGUGGUUGUACUGAGAUAUGGAUGGGGUAGAAUGCUUAUUGUUUUUGGUGGAGUGCUGAUAAUUGUAGGGUCGGCAUUAGUGUUGACAUUUACAGACAGUGAGAUGGUAAUUAGGGAAAUAUUGAGCAUGAUUCUUGCAGGUAUUGGCAUCGGUGUACUUUCAAUGGUGCUUGCUGUUACCGGACAAGCAUCAUCAUCUCUACCCGAUCCGAAUCAUUCUAGUAUAUCAGCAUUGAGCAAUUUCUUUAGAUGUACGGGGUUAGUGAUGGGAAUGAUGGUAUCUGGAGCGGUGUUCAACAACGAUAUACUGAAGAAAAUUACCGAUCCGUCAAUUUCAUCGACGCUCGGUGAUUCUAUCAAAGAUGUGAAUGAUGUGUUAUCAUUUGGCUUCCUAGACUCGGAGACAACUAAUGAGAAAGUGGUCAUCGGAGUAAUACUGGAUGCAGUGAAAAGAGUGUUUGGCGUGUCUGUCAUUAUGGCAGCCGUGAUUUUAUUAUUGUCUUUGUUUAUAAGAGAGAAUAAUAGACCAAGGAGACCGUCAUUAAAGGCGUAA